AAAUGGAUGAUUUAUUCUUAACUCUAUGAAAACCAAUUUACUGACAAUAAGUUUACUAUUCAGAUGUACAUAUACAGAAUAAUUUAACAAGAAGCAUGGACACCUUAACAGGGCUGCAAUUAGUUAAUUUGAAGUAGGGUAAUUACUAACGGCAAACUUUAACUACCCAACACAAACAUUCUUGCAAUCAUGUUGAACACUAACAAAGUUUGGCAGCAACUCUCCCUGAAAGUAUUUAUUAAAGUCUGGUCAUUUAAAAACUAUUUUUAAAUUGUAUCAAUAGCCGUUUUCAACUUGUUUUAUUUGUUUCACCUUACUUAUUACGUUUUCUAUUGAAAUUAACAAUUAUUACUAAAAUAUCUUAGAAGUGUUCAUUAUUAAUUCCACGGGCCAUCAACAUCAUCAUCAUCAUUCUUAUUCUUGUAUUACUCCAAAGUUUUUCUGACUACAUGGCGUUUAGUGUUAGCUUCCCCCUCACAAACACCUGCCUUCCUGAAACUUUUUCUUUAUGAACAUUUUACCUCUUACCGGACAGCAGCAGCUAACCUGAACUCUUCCUCAGUCUGUCCCUGGUCACGUCUCUCUACCCCUCGGACGAUAAAUAAAGCCCCUGAAUCGCUAAUCCCCUCUCCUUGUCCGCUACUGAAUCGUCUCCAACGGUCAAAGUUAGUGUGGUAAUUAACAUAUCGGUUGGUUUGACACAUUUUUCUAAAUGGGCUUAUGCGCUUUUUAGCUUUACUCGUAGUUUUCUGACCCCGUCUCGCAUCCACUCAUUUUCUCGGACUCCGGUUAGCAGCAACCGUUAGCUGAAAUGGUUCUAUUUAUAAACUUAGAGGGGAGGGGCGGGCUAAGGAGGACUGAGGGAUUUCAUUGGAUCAGCCGUCAAUAAAGUCAACCAAUGGGCUGUCGCGGUCGAUAAAAAUUCCAUUUAAUGUAAUUUUUUUUUGUUAAAUUAUGAGAGCGUAGAGCCGCCAUCUAUGGACAUUAUGUACAUCAGUCUGGACUCCAGACGGUCAGUCCUCCCCUGGACAGAAGUUCAAGUUUCCAAUCAGCUGCUGAAGGAGAUGAAUAUGUUGGAGAUCCAGUUCCAGGUGGAACGCUCCUGCAGGGAGAACGCAGAGGCUCUGGCUCUCAAAGUCAGCAAAGAAAACACAGCCCUGAAGAGAACGAGCCAGAUGCUGCUGCCAAAGAUCUCCAGCCUCCCAGAAGACCUGGUCAGUGUGACCCUUGACUCAGAGACUGACCUGGCGGUUGAUGUCGAUGCAGUUGAUUGCGACGUGGUUGAUGGCGGUGUGGUUAAUAUUUGGGAAAGUAACAGUGAAGAGAACUUGCUGCUUGAAAGUCAAGCCAAGAUCACAGCGAUGCAGGCGUCAUUGGACGGCCUGCUGGCUGAGAAGCUACAGCUGGAGCAUCAGGUGGAGGAGCUGACCAGAGAGCAGGUCCAGCUCAGAGAGCAGCUUGUUGCAGAGGCAGAGGAGAAGGAAGCCAUUCUGAGGAAAAUGAGCAAGCAGACCAAGACCAUGACCAAAAUCAAAAGAGUCUCCCAGCUUGUCACCGAGGAGUUCACAGAAAUGUCUCAGCAGCUGGAGCUGGAGCAGGGCCUGCGGCAACACGCCGAAGUCUUCGCCCAUCAGAUGUUGGCGGAGCAGAAGGCGGCCGAGAGACCGAGCCCGAUGGAGGCGUGCGCCUCCGAGGCCGACGUGCGGCUGCGGCUGCGGCAGGCGCUGACGCAGAUAUGCGGCAUCAACACGGCCCUGUGCAACAUUCAGCGCUACUACGAGGACCAGACCAAACCGAGUACAGGUGCUGAGGAGGAGCUGCGGGAGCAGCUGAGGAAGAGUGAGGAUGAGAGGAAGAUGUUGGAGGAUAAACUGUCUCAGGCCAACGCACCAGUCACAGAGCUGAGGGAGCAGCUGAGGAAGAGUGAAGAGGAGAGGAAGACGUUGGAGGGUCAGCUAUCUCAAGCCGAAGAGUCAGUGACAGAGCUGAGAGGGGAAGUGAAUCGUUUACAGGAAAGGAUGAACACAGAGGAGAAAAAUGAAGAUCUGGAGGAAGUAAUUGCUCCUCCUCCUCCUCCUCCUCCUCCUCCUCCUCCUCCACCUCCUCCUUCACCCACUCCUGUUAUCAACUUGCAGGAUUUCCUCAGGAGCAGGAAGCAUCGAGUCAACGGAGGCGAGAACAGCAAGCCAGCGCCGUUGAAGGACAUUAAGGCAAAGGCAGUGGAUGAAAUGAUGGAGAGAAUAAAGAAAGGCAUUGUUCUGAGGCCCAUACAGAACAUCCAGGAAGAAGACAGCUCAUGGAGGGACCAGAGGAGUGAAAACAGGAAGUCAGCCGUCCUAGAAUUAAAGGGAAUGCUGGACAACAUUAAACGGCAGCACCUCCGCAGGGUGCCCUCCAGGAGGGGGAUCGGCAGGAACGUCGGGGAGGCAGAGCUGCAGCUGGUCCUCCAGAGGAGAAGAAGAGCGAUGGGAGAAAAUCAGGACCGACAGUCCUCAGCUCCAACCUGUGAUCUCCAACCGGGGCAGCAGCGUGUCCCAGCAGCAGGUGACUGUCCCUGGGCCGGCGAGAGCGGCGGCGCACCUGUGCUCCGGAGGCUGAAGCAAAACAGGGAGAAGAGAGAUUCCCGCAUCAGAGCGUCAGCGCUCAUCGUCAGCCACGGAGGCGUACAGCAGCCUCUCCAACGAAAUGUGCCAUCAUAACUCCAGUAGCUAUAGCGAUUACUGCCUGAUUUUUGGUUAAUGUUCAAAUAAAACACUUAUUAAAUGAA